GCGCGCGCGCGCAGCUGGAGCCGAGACUGUAACUGAAGUAUCCAAUAGUGCAGCAGCUAUAAGCGAGCGCAAAAAUCAAAUCUCGUGCAGCUUUAAAUGAAAUAUUAAUAUUUGUCAUCAUUCGUUGGCAAGUUUGUGGAUAUCGUUUUUACGCCAAUGUCACCGAGGUGCAAGAGUGUGAGAAAAGUCAACUUGUAGCAAAAAAUAUAUAAAAAUAUAUCCAGCAAAAAGCCAAUAGCUGGGUGGCAACGAACCACGUACAAAAACCUAGAGUUAAACGCACAAUCAUAAAAAAUACAUACUCUACAAAAAAAAAAGCUAAAGCAAAAACAAAAACAAAAAACCUGGCAGCUACCAAGUCCUUUGAAGCUUUGCAGUGUUUUCAGCGCUUUUUCGCUGCACUUCAAAUUCAUAACUUUGUAAAUGCGCACCUAAAGACAUAACUGUACUCAAAAAUACAUAACUACAUACUUGCAUACGUAACUAGAUUUGUAACAUAUCCGUGUCGUCGGUUACAAGUGCACGUUGCUGCAACGCCAGUUACAGUUAUAGUAGUAUUUAAGUCGUUUGCGUUAGCGUACAAGGAAGUCCGUGCUGUCGCCUACCUAUGCACGUGUGUUUGUAGUCUCAGUAAUUGUGUACUUGCUCUUGUGUGCGUGUUUAGUGUGCAGUACGUAACAGCAACGACAAUUUUCCUCAAAAUGCGUCUACAAUAUCGCAAUAAAAAAGCGACGCUGUGGGUGAUGGUCGCCGUCGUCGUUGUCACUAUGUUCCUCUUCAAAUUCACCGAAUUCGCGCCAACUUGUUUCUUCAAGAACGAUGUGACGGCGCCGGAUGGAUCGCUGAUGGUGCACGAAGAGAAAUAUCUUAUGGCCGAAGAUCAAAAAACCUAUUCAUAUGGCCGCGAAAUGCCGCUAAUAUUUAUUGGCGGUGUUCCCAGAUCAGGAACGACGCUGAUGCGCGCCAUGUUGGAUGCACAUCCGGAUGUGAGGUGAGUGACCCAUAAAUCAUUUGCACACU